GUCGAAGGUCUUUAUCUUUCCACACUUUCUGGUUGGCGUUUAAUUCUUUUUGGUGGGUUUAUAUUGGCACUUCUUCAAACAAUUUUACUUUUAUUUUCUGUCGAAUCACCUCGUUUCCUUGCAUCUAAACCCGGUGGGUACAAUGCGGCUAAGCGAGCCCUAGAACAAUUAAGGGGAAGCAAUGAAGUAGAAGAAGAACUUAAUGGAUGGCGACAAGUGGCAUCAGAGGAAGGAUUAGAAGGUCUCAUAACAGACGAAGAACGUGAACACCAGAGUAAUGAAGAAGAAAUGAUUAUAGAAUCACCCGCCGUCGUCUUUCAUGCACGUAAUUCAGAUGAAAAUUUUAAUGCGUGGAAACUUGUAAACAAUUUACAAUAUUUGCCAGCAUUGAAAGUUUUAGUACUUGUGCACUUAACGCAGCAAUUAUCUGGAGUAAAUGGAGUAAUGUUUUAUUCAACAUCUAUUUUAGCAAAGAUACUUCCAGGCAUGAGCGAAUUAGUAACGGUUUUUAUAAGUAUAGUGAAUGUAUUCAUGACGGUUGUUUCAGCCUAUUUAAUUGACAA